AUAUCAGUGGUUAGUACGGUAUUAUCUCUUCUACAGAGAACGUCGCGGAGAUCAGCCCUCGUAUUCAUGCUUUUAUCCCGAACGGAGAUGAUCGUUAACAAGUGUCAUCGUGCGCUGAAUGCGCAGACUUCGCUUCGACAGCUGUUAAACGGCGUUGCAACAACGUGGAAGAGAUGCUUAAUUAGUUCAGUGCCGAGAGAACCGGAAGGGCCGGUGGUUAUGACGGAAAUACCGGGUCCACGAUCGCGUAGUCUGUUACAAGAAUUGAAUGCGAUACAACAAGCAUCUUCCGUACAAUUCUUCGCAGACUACGAAAAAUCCUCCGGUAAUUACAUAAUAGAUGUUGAUGGAAACGCGUUACUGGACGUUUAUAUGCAAAUCUCGACAAUCCCCUUAGGAUACAAUCAUCCGGCGAUGUUGGAGGCUCUUAGCGAUCCUGUUAAUCAAAAAAUUAUAGCAAAUAGACCUGCACUGGGAAACUUUCCGGGAAAAGAUUGGCCUAAUAGAUUAAAAAAUAUUCUACUUAACAAGGAGGUUGCUCCACCAGGGUUGUCGCACAUUACGACAAUGAUGUGCGGUUCUUGUUCUAAUGAAAAUGCUUUUAAAAACAUCUUUAUUUGGUAUGCAGAGAAACAAAGACAAGGAAAGCCGUUCACGAAGGAAGAGAUGGAGACUUGCAUGAUGAAUCAAUUUCCUGGCUCGCCGCGAUAUUCUAUUAUGUCCUUUAAAGGUAGUUUCCAUGGAAGAACCUUAGCUUGUCUCUCAACGACUCACAGCAAGUACAUUCACAAAAUAGAUGUGCCAGCUCUCGACUGGCCCAUCGCCUCCUUUCCAGAAUACAAAUAUCCUUUAGAUGAGAACGUGCGAGAAAAUCAAAGAGAAGAUGAACGUUGCCUCGCGGAGGUCGAAGAGUUAUUUGAAAAGUACAAGAACAAAAAGAAGGUACCAGUGGCUGGUGUCAUAAUCGAGCCUAUUCAAUCGGAAGGCGGCGACAAUCACGCAUCGCCGAAAUUCUUUCAGGAACUUCAACGCAUAACGCGGAAGCAUGGAGCAGCUUUGCUUAUUGAUGAAGUCCAGACUGGUGGCGGGCCAACGGGAAAAAUGUGGUGUCACGAGCAUUUCAAUUUAGAUACCCCACCAGACGUGAUGACUUUCAGCAAAAAAAUGCAAUUAGGCGGUUAUUAUCACUCGGACGAUUUGAAGCCGAAAUUACCAUAUCGCGUAUUCAAUACUUGGAUGGGUGAUCCAAGUAAAGUAAUAUUGGUCGAAGCGAUCUUGAAGAUCAUCAAGAAGGAGAAUCUCUUGGAUAGAGUUACGCGUGUUGGCGAUUAUAUUUUGAAGCAUUUAACAAGUAUACAAAAGGACCAUUCCAGUGUCAUCAGCGCAGUGCGCGGACGUGGAACUUUCAUAGCGUUUAAUUGCGCCUCUCCUGAAAUGCGAGACACCAUCAUUAAGAAACUUGCAACCAAAGGUAUUAUGGCAGGUGGAUGUGGUAGCCAGGCUGUGCGAUUGAGACCUGCAUUAACUUUUACAGAGCGUCAUGCUGAUAUAUUUUUGAAUGCGCUUCGAUCUGUACUGAAAUAAUAAGUAUAAAUUUAAUGGUGUCUUUUAAAUCAGACUUCUUCAGACAUUACAGUCGCGUAAGCGUACUGUGAUGUAUAGAAUAAAAAAUAUUCAUUACUUUUAUAUGACAUUUAAUUAUAAGAGUAACAUAACUUUAUAAAAAUGACAAGUGAUGAAUUAAUAACACUGCAACAUGAUAAAUUAAUCAAUUUAAUUCAUUUACGUGUAAAUAUAUGCAUAUAUACAGAUUAAUCAACGCAUAUACAUAUAUAAAAUAUUUGAAAAAAUUGUGCAACAUUUAAGUGAGAAUGUAUUUUUUAACGAUUCUGGAAUUCAUUGAGCGAUAUUUUUACUGUGUAAAAAUAUAAAUUAUUAUAUCAAUUAUUUAAAUAUUUCGCACUUCAUAUAAUAUUUGCUAUAAUUAAAGAAAGAUGAUAUAAAAUAAUGAAAAAUAA